GAGACGUAGUUCAAAUAACGAAACUCAGUUCCACAGAGAGAGAGAGAGAGAGAGAGAGAGAGAGAGAGACAGAACGAGAACGGUAGAAUUCGCUAUGGCUCGUUCGUUCGGAGCACGCGGCGCGGUUGCCUUGGCAAUCGUCUUCUUCGGAUGUCUGUAUGCUUCCAUUGCUAAAGAAGAGGCCACCAAGCUGGGAACAGUAAUAGGGAUAGAUCUUGGCACGACUUACUCCUGUGUUGGUGUUUACAAGAAUGGUCAUGUGGAAAUCAUAGCCAAUGACCAGGGUAACCGUAUUACUCCCUCUUGGGUGGCUUUCACAGACUCCGAGAGGCUGAUUGGUGAGGCUGCCAAGAAUCAGGCGGCUGUAAAUCCCGAGAGGACCAUCUUCGACGUCAAGAGAUUGAUUGGAAGACAAUUCACCGACAAAGAGGUUCAGAGGGACAUGAAGCUCAUGCCUUACAAGAUUGUGAACAAGGAUGGCAAGCCGUACAUUCAAGUAAAUUUCAAGGAUGGUGAGACCAAGAUCUUCAGUCCAGAGGAGAUCAGUGCCAUGAUCUUGACUAAGAUGAAGGAGACGGCCGAAGCAUAUCUCGGAAAGAAAAUCAAGGAUGCAGUUGUCACUGUACCAGCAUACUUCAAUGAUGCCCAGAGACAGGCCACCAAGGAUGCUGGUGUUAUAGCAGGGCUCAAUGUCGCUAGGAUCAUCAACGAACCUACUGCUGCCGCUAUUGCCUAUGGUCUGGACAAGAAAGGUGGUGAGAAGAACAUCCUCGUCUUUGACCUUGGUGGUGGUACCUUCGAUGUCAGUGUCUUGACCAUUGACAAUGGUGUAUUUGAGGUUCUCUCCACAAAUGGUGAUACCCACUUGGGAGGUGAGGACUUUGACCAGAGGAUCAUGGAGUACUUCAUCAAGUUGAUCAAGAAGAAGCACGGAAAGGACAUUAGCAAGGACAACAGGGCUCUUGGAAAGCUCAGGAGGGAGUGCGAGCGAGCCAAGAGAGCUCUGAGCAGCCAGCACCAAGUUCGAGUUGAGAUCGAGUCCCUUUUUGACGGCACUGAUUUCUCAGAGCCCCUGACCAGAGCUCGGUUCGAGGAGCUGAACAACGACCUGUUCAGGAAGACCAUGGGACCGGUGAAGAAGGCAAUGGAGGAUGCUGGUCUUCAGAAGAGCCAGAUCGAUGAGAUUGUGCUUGUCGGAGGAAGUACCAGGAUCCCUAAGGGUCAGCAGCUUCUGAAGGACUACUUUGAUGGCAAAGAGCCGAACAAGGGUGUGAACCCGGACGAGGCUGUUGCUUAUGGUGCUGCCGUUCAGGGUGGUAUUUUGAGCGGAGAGGGUGGUGAUGAGACCAAAGAUAUCCUACUUCUUGACGUGGCUCCUCUCACACUGGGGAUCGAAACCGUUGGUGGAGUGAUGACGAAGCUGAUCCCAAGGAACACCGUCAUCCCAACCAAGAAAUCCCAAGUUUUUACCACUUACCAGGACCAGCAGACCACCGUCUCCAUUCAGGUCUUUGAAGGUGAAAGGAGUAUGACCAAGGACUGUAGGCUUCUCGGGAAGUUCGACCUCUCUGGAAUCCCCCCCGCCCCAAGAGGCACUCCACAAAUAGAGGUGACAUUCGAGGUGGAUGCGAACGGGAUAUUGAACGUGAAAGCAGAGGACAAAGCGAGCGGGAAAUCGGAGAAGAUAACAAUAACGAACGACAAGGGGAGGCUGAGCCAGGAAGAGAUAGAGAGGAUGGUGAAGGAGGCGGAGGAGUUUGCGGAAGAGGACAAGAAGGUGAAGGAGAGAGUAGAUGCGAGGAACAGCCUGGAGACGUAUGUGUACAACAUGAAGAACCAAGUGAACGACAAGGACAAGCUGGCGGAGAAACUGGAGGAGGACGAGAAGGAGAAGAUAGAGACAGCGGUCAAGGAAGCGUUGGAGUGGUUGGACGACAACCAGAGCGCCGAGAAGGAAGACUACGAGGAGAAGCUGAAGGAGGUGGAGUCGGUGUGUAACCCUAUCAUCACGGCUGUCUACCAGAGGUCUGGUGGAGCUCCCUCCGGUGAAUCUGCCGCCGACGAGGAUGAUGACUCUCGCGACGAGCUCUAAGACGAGAGAGAGGUCUUAUUAGGUGAAAUUUUGAGGAUUCAAAAGAGGAGGAAAUACACAUUUUUCAAAUUUUUUUUAAUAUUUUGAAGUCUUAGGAAGCAAGAGAAAGAUCAUAUAAGUGUGCUGUCGCUUUGAAGUUAUGUUUUUUUCUUAAGGUACAUUGUUUAGAAAUGUGUAGACUCUUAUCGAAGGAGAAGCACUUCACUUUCUCAGUCAUGGGAGCUUAGUUUUGUUCCA